AUGACCGUCUUGUUUCUUUUUGCCUUGCUGGUCGAUGUAAUAGAGAUGAAGACUGUGGACUUGAAUGUACCUGAGGCAGUACAGAAAAGAAGCUCAGUGUGCUAUGGCAGUUUGGGCUGUUUCUCCACUGACCCACCUUUCACUGGUUCAGUGAGACCCAUCUCUGUGAUCCCGGAGUCGCCCGACACAAUCCAGAGCCGGUUUCUGUUGUAUGCCCGCGAAUCAAAAACAGUGGCCCAGAGUUUGGACCCCAGACACCCAGAGAAUGUGGGUACCUCCUGGAGCCGCUUCAAACAGAGGCCAACCAAGUUUAUUGUACAUGGUUUCCUUGACAACGUCAACAUUAGUCCAUGGAUGCUGGAAAUGAAAGACGAACUCUUGACCCACGGAGACUACAAUGUGGUGAUCGUUGAUUGGUCAGGCGGGAACCUGCCACCCUACGACCAGGCCUCGUCCAAUACCCGGCUUGUGGGAGCUCAGAUCGCCGCAGUCAUCAACCAACUCAUUAAAUCCACGGAGGUCAGUGCUAGUAGUUUUCACAUCAUCGGACACAGCCUGGGGUCUCACGUGGCUGGCUACGCUGGGGAGAGAGUACCCGGAAUGGGGCGCAUCACAGGUCUAGACCCGGCUGGCCCAUACUUUGAGAACACCGACAAGUCGGUCAGAUUGGAUCCAUCAGACGCCGUGUUUGUAGACACUAUACAUACUGACGCCAACAACCUGCUGCAGUUAGGGUUCGGCAUGAAAGAGGCUGUAGGUCACUCGGACUUCUACCCCAACCUGGGUCAUGACCAACCCGGGUGCACCAGAGAUCCAAUCAUCAACAUCAUCGAGAGCGGUUUAGUUCAAGGUAUGGAGGAGGUGGCGGCCUGCAACCAUCUGCGAUCCAUCAAAUAUUUUUCCGAGAGCAUCAACUCCCAGUGUCCAUUUUUGGGUUUUCCCUGUGACAGCGAGGAGGAUUUUGAGAACAACGCCUGUCACUCCUGUACAAGCGCCGGCUGUGCUGCUAUGGGCUUCAACGCCAACCAACACAUUCCACCCAACGGUCAACAGGUCAAAUAUUACCUCACCACAGCUGACCGUGCCCCAUUUUGUCGUUAUCAUCUGGACUUCACCCUCAAGUUCUCUAGCGGACGGGGCCAAGAGGAGAGGGGCACAGUCUCUGUGGUCGUGAAUGGGAACAAGGGCAGCAGUGGCAGUAUACCUCUCAUGGGAGCCAGCGACCCAGUGAACUUCAAACCGGGGUAUUCCUACAAGUUCUACGUCUUGGUGCCCAGUGACGUCGGCAGUGUCCAGUCUGUGACGUUCUCGUGGAGUCACUCCUCCUCGCUAACCGACCCCCUACACUGGAACAUCCUGGGUCUCCGACACCCCACCUUGUACCUGGACGAAAUCGAUGUCUACCAAGAGGAAGCUGGCGUAGAUGUCCAUCUGUGCUCGGGCGCCAAGUCCGUUGAGACUGACCACUCCCUGACUGUAGCUACUCGAUGCUGA